AUGAGUCGACAGAAGGGCAGAGGAUCGAAGAGUGUCUCCUGUCCAUCAGAGGCUUCACCCUACACUGACCUCCAAUGCUUUCUCAACCUUCAGAAAGACUCAGAUAUGUCUGCUUCUCUGAAUCCUGUCUCACCUGCUCAAUCAACAAUCUCCGAGGUACCAGCGGAAACAAUAGAAUCACCGGGCGCCUCUGGAUUAGGUGAGAAACAUGAUGUGCAGAAGGUUCUUAGGUUACUUCAGCCAUUACCCACCAAAGCGGACAUACCCACUAAAGCCGACUUCGUAUCCCUAGAAAACAAGUUACGGGAAGUGGUGCACUCAGAAAUCUCUGCAAUUAAGAUGGAGUUAAUGCAUCUGGGGACUCGCAUAGAUACAUUGGAAACCAGUGGAGAGGAGACCAGUGCUUUUCACCACGCCUCAGUGGAUACUGUGAAGCUGCAGGCUGUGGAAAUCCAAAACUUAAGGGAUCAUUUAGAUGAUAUAGACAAUAGGGGGUGCAGAAACAAUUUAAGGACACAAGGCAUUCCUGAGGACAUUCCACAUCAAGGUCUCCAAGAUAAAGAAUUAUCAGAUGAUGUAGAACAGAAAACAUCAGAUAGUUUUAUACAGAGCCGAAAAGGCACCCCCCGUGCAACAUCCGACACCGAGGACGCUCGGUUACCGGGGGUAGGACCACACCGCAUUUCCAACACGGAGGUAAUCGGACUUAAAUUGUCUAAUGCUGCUAUCUGCCAGUUCACCCAUGUGCUCAGGAUCUUCAUUGAAUUCAACCACAUAUUGCUGCCUUCUUCUGAUUCGCUCAGAAAAACAUGUCCGCACGCCUCCUCACACUAUCCUAAGAAGAGGACAUUUUCAUGUUUGGAGUGCGGGAAAUGCGUUGCCAGCAGAUCUGCUCUUACUACGCACAAGCGGAUUCACUCUGGCGAGAAGCCAUUUAAGUGCACGGAAUGCGGCAAAUGUUUUCUCCAGAGAUCCGACCUUGUCAGGCAUCAACGCACUCACACCGGGGAGAGGCCAUUUUCAUGCCAGGAGUGCGGGAGAAGUUAUGGCAGCAGUUCUGCCCUUACAUUGCACCAGCGGAUCCACUCCGGCAAGAAGCCGUUUAAGUGCUCGGAGUGCGACAUGUCUUUUGUCCAGAAAGCCAAACUUGUCAGACAUCAAUUCACUCACACCGGGGAGAGGCCAUUUUCAUGCACAGAGUGCAGCAAAUGCUUUGCCCAGAAACUCAGCCUUGUCAGGCAUCAGCGCAUUCACAAUGGGGAGAGACUAUUUUCAUGCCCAGAGUGUGGGGGAUGCUAUACAAGCAGUUCAGCCCUUACUAAGCACCUGCAGAUUCACUCCGGCGAGAAGCCUUUUAAGUGCACAGAGUGCGACAAAUGAUUUGUCCAGAGAGACGACCUUGUCAGGCAUCAGCGCACUCAUAUCGGGUAGAGGCCAUAUGAGUGUGCCCAGUGUGGCUGCUGCUUCUCUGCCUGUUCAAAUAUUUAUCAUCAUCAAAGAGUUCACACCGGUCUAGGUGAAUAAACUGCCCAUCACAAACAUAACAAGGCUCGUUUACAAAUAAGAAACUGGUCAUAUUUUCCUACCCAAAAUAUAAUAAGGUGCAGGGCUACGUUUUUGGGCCUCAGUUUUGCAAUAUAGUAGGUGCUGUGUCCUCUUAUGGAUCCAUCUAAAAAUGUGCAUACUGGCUAUAGUCAGAGCCAGCCCUAACCAAUAUGAUGCCCUAGGCAAGGUUUUGGCUGGUGCCCCCUAGCACCGCCGUUAGUUCUGCACGACAUGCCUGGCACGAGUAAUCUGGCAUCUCUGCUAACGUUGGGGAGCCUUUUGUUUAUGAAAAUACAUCUUAUUUGCAUUACUAUGUGGCUAGGAUGCACAAGCAGCUUUUGCUGAUUAA